CCAUUUUCAGUUAAACCUUCCAUUUCCUCUUACUCACUCAGAAUUCCCCAACACAAACUAAGAUGGGAAUUCCAAGUGUUCUAAUUUUGGUUGCAUUAUCAUCAAUUAUCCUACACAAUGCUAGUGUUGUCUCUGCUUCUUGCUCUAAUAGGCAAUGCAAGUUGUUGGAAAGUUGCUCUAGAAAUUCAGAUUGUGCUGCUGGUUUGUACUGUUCCAAGUGUCAAUAUCCAAGACCAAGAUUCAGUGGAUCAAAAUGUGUUAGAUCAACUGUUACUAAUCAGUUCAAACUUGUGAAUAAUUCUCUUCCUUUCAACAAAUAUGCAUUUUUGACAACUCAUAACUCCUUCGCUAUCGAAGGAGAGGCACACAACACCAAAGCUCCUAGAGUAACCUUCAGAAAUCAAGAAGAUAGCAUCACAGAACAGCUACAUAAUGGUGUUCGAGCAUUGAUGCUGGAUACGUAUGACUACAGAGGAGAUGUUUGGUUGUGUCAUUCUUUUAAAGGCAAAUGCCACUCCUACACUGCAUUUGAACGUGCCAUCGAUACAUUUAAGGAGAUAGAAGCAUUCAUGGCAUCAAAUCCAUCAGAAAUUAUAACACUAAUCUUAGAAGAUUAUGUGAAGACUCCAAAGGGUUUGACAAAUCUUUUCAAGGCAUCAGGCUUGAUGAAGUACUGGUUCCCUGUAUCAAGCAUGCCUAAAAAUGGCGAAAACUGGCCCUUGGUUAAGCAUAUGAUUGCUAAGAAUCAACGGCUUGUUGUAUUCACAUCUGAUAGGACUAAGCAGCAAAGUGAGGGAAUUGCUUACCAGUGGAAGUACAUGGUUGAAAAUCAAUAUGGAAGUAAAGGAAUGGAACCAGGAAGUUGUCCUAAGCGUAAUGAGUCAUCUCCGAUGAAUGAUCGCACCAAAUCAUUGGUAUUAGUGAAUCAUUUUAAGACGGUUCCUGUGAAGCUAACAGCAUGCGAACACAACUCAAGAGAACUGAUUGAGAUGCUAAAAACUUGUUAUGCUGCUGCUGGUAACCGCUGGGCUAACUUUGUUGCUGUUGAUUUUUACAAGAGGAGUGCUGGAGGAGGGGCAUUUGAAGCAGUCGAUACCCUGAAUGGAGAGCUGCUCUGUGGUUCCAAUGACAUUCAUGCAUGCAUGAGGAAAUAGUGAAGGUGAACAUGGCCACGUAAAGUAUCUGAUGCUUGCUUUCAUUCAAUUGAGAUGAUUAGAGACAUGCUUUGGAUCCUUAAUUGAUCCUGUGAGGGUUUUUCUAGGCUUUGAUGCCAACUGCUAACUUAAGUUUUAGUAUGUGUUUUGACAAGGUAUCUACUGUGUAACCGUUACUCGACUGGCAAAAAGGCCUUUUCCUCCACACAGGAAUUUGUAUUUUUUGUGAUAUAUUUUUGAACCAAAGACAUAACAAGUAAUUUACACUCUGCAAGAUCUGCAGACUUCCACAAA